CUCGUUUCGAAUGAGACGGGUCUAAAGCUACAUUCCAAAAAUUUCGCCCAAAAUCGGCACUCAGUAGUCAGUACAGUAGCGAAAAGAUGAACAGGUUCAAUUCGGCCAAAAACCUCGUCGCUUUCUUCACCGCCGUCGCCCCCAAUGCGAAAAUCAGUCAGAUUUUUGACAGCCGCUCUCUCGCCAGAAUCCAUCAGAUUGCUGACCGCGGCAAAUGUGAGAGGGAAAUGGAGAAACAGCUGAAGAAGCUCUCGAGUAAUGACAGUAACAGCAGUUAUGAGAGGAAAGUGCUGCCGCCGGAGCUCUCGAGGAGUGUGGCUACGCUCACGUGCGAGUCGUCUGCGGCCGGCGGCGUCUGCGAUGUUUAUUUGGUUGGAACCUGCCACGUUUCUACGGAAUCUUGCGAAGAAGUUCGGGCUGUGAUUCAAUUCUUGAAACCCCAGGUUGUCUUUUUGGAGCUGUGCCAUAGGCGCAAGGCGGUACUUAAGCCUCAAAGCUCGAAGAAGCCGACCAUAGGAGAAUUGUUUGACGUGUGGAAAAAGGAAAAGGAAAGUCUUUUAGGGAUACUCUACAGCUCGUAUCUUCGUAAGGUUGCUAGACAACUUGAAGUUGAGCCCGGUGCAGAAUUUCGAGUGGCAUAUGAAGAAGCCAUGAAAUAUGAUGGCAAGAUUAUACUAGGCGAUCGACCUGUUCAGAUUACGUUGCAGAGAACAUGGGCCAUGAUGCCUCUUGGGCACAAGAUAAAAUUUUUCUUGAAGUUGUUUUUUCGACGACCUUUUUUCGACAUUUCUUCUGGACAAGUGAAUUCCGUGAUAGGCCCAGAAGAUAUCGCCAAGAGGCUGAAGGAAUUGAACGAUGUUGACAACUUAACUCGAAGAAUUGAGAAGCUGAGCGAGGAGUUUCCUACUCUUGCGGAAGCCCUCAUCCAUGAGCGCGACCAAUAUAUGUCGGCCAUGUUACUUAAAGUAGCACGUGAACAUAACUCGGUGGUAGCCGUUGUGGGAAAGGGCCACUUACCAGGAAUCCAGAAGAACUGGAAACAACCAGUUAAGAUGGAUCAACUUCUCAAGCGUGCCAAUUGAAAAUAAAACGAUAACAGCGAGCAAGAUACUUGGUUCUAUUGGAGUAAUAUUCGCUGGUGAUAUGGUUCAAAUUCGUGGAAAUUGUUAGCUUGACCACCCUUCAAUGUUUCGAUCAUAACUUCUUCAAUUUAACUCCAAAUAAUGAACGGCCAAUUGCAUUGGAAAAGCUAGUUCAGAUACCUUUCCAUCAAUAUACUGUGGAGCUUCAGAUUCCAAGUAGCCGAAAAGUUAUGGACGUUUCAAUAAGCACCAAAAACUGAAAAAUCUUUUCUUUAAUGAUGGUAAUUUCUAAAGUUUUUAUUUAUUUCUUGCAUUAAGAUUUCUUUGUAUUGGGGCCUAUAAAUAGUGUAUCUUAUGGAGAAAAAUGUAGACUUGAGUUUAUGAUAAUUUGAUUAUAUGAAGUUUGAGAA